AUGAAACUUAGAUCUAUUCUGAGCAAUUCUCAGCUGAACUUACAGCUGAGAAUUAAGUUCCUAAAAUGUUAUGUGUAUCCUGUAUUACUGUAUGGAUGUGAAACCUGUAUUAUGAAGGUUAACAUGAUAAACAAAUUACAAGCCUUCGAGAUGUGGUUAUAUCGUAGAUUCCUCAGAAUAUCACAAGUUCAACACAUUUCAAACAGAGAAGUCUUGAACAGAGUAGGUCAAGGUGAAGGUGACUUAAUAAAGAUGAUAAAAAAGAAAACUCGAAUAUCUGGGACAUAUAAUGAGAGGAAGCAGAUACAGGAUAAUGCAGUUGAUACUCAACGGAAAGAUCGACGGAAGAAGAGGAAUUGGUAG